CUGUAAUCCACAGGAUUUCCAUUGAACACUGUUUAUUGCUGCGGGUUGUUUGAUUCUCGCUACCUGAUUGGCUUGUCGCGUAUGGGUUUGUCCCUUAGGUGAUGACCUCAUCAAUGGUAUGUAUAUUCCUUUUAAGUUUAUCUUGGCUUUCCACCCCAGUUUAACAUAUAAUAUAUAUCACAGAGUUGUUAAAACUUUACUGUGUCCAAAUUAAAUUUUAACCCGACUUGUAUGAAGUAUACUUCAUACAACUCCACUAUAAUGGAGUUUAUAAUAAAGAAUUUUUCACUAGUAUAUUUUCAUAAAAGACCACAAAGUCAUAUAGCUUUAUCAUCGUACCGUAGAUAAAGGGACACUAACAGGCAGCUUGAUUAUUAGUUCCGGACUUUAUUUUUUUAGUUUGAGUUUUGUACUAAAUUCAAAUGAUACACAUUUGUACCUUCUGCAGCAUGUUCAGAUGUCAUCCCGUCUAGUGGAAACUGUUAUGAUUAAUGUGGACGACUUCGCAGAUAAUUUUUUAACGUGUGGUACGUGUUUCAGCGGUUAUAAUUCAAGUGAACGUGCUGCCAAAUUAUUACCUUGUUCACAUACAAUAUGCCGCUCAUGUUUAGAUCGAAUCCUUACUAGUGAAACUCAGUCAGAGACAUUUCGUUGUCCAAUUUGCCGGGAGAAUAUUGCUAUUCCAUCAGGUGGUGCAGCUUCGUUUCCUCCGGCUUUUAUAGUAAAUCAGUUAUUAGACCUACUUGCUACCCAUCGUCGAGAUGUUGUACCUAAAUGUUGUAUACAUCCAUCACAAGAACUAUUAUUUUGCGAGACUUGUGAUAUGGUAUUUUGCAGUGAAUGCCGAGGUCGUAAUCAUGCUAUUCAAAAUCAUUUGAAUGAUUCUUCAUGUUUAGCAGUGAACAAUGGAAAUCAAGAUAUUUCUACACAAGUAGAAAGUUCAUCGUCGAAUACUGGCCUAAAUCAUAAUGUGAUCACAUUCAAUGUUGCACUAAAACGUUGUUCAGAAAUUAUGCUCUAUAAAAUGCAUUUAUGUACUCAAGAGUUAAAUUGUGCUCAAGAAGCCGUAAAAAAUGAACUAGAACGUUUAACAAAUAAUACUAGUUCAUGUGUUGAAUCUAUUAACUCACGUUUUUCUGAGAUAUUGGCACUCGUUGAACAUCGUCAAGGAGAAUUAUUAGACUGUGUAAAACGAAUUGGAGAAGAGAAACGACGUGCCUUAACAGAUCAACUUUCUCUAAUUGAAACAGAAAGAGACUUAAUUCGUACAGAAUGUGAUCGUUUAAAAGGCGUUAUGGAUGUACGAAGUAUUACGAAAACAAUAAGUUACCUAAAUGAUAAAUUGGACUCGAUUAGUGGCUUAACUGAACCUCGUGAAAAUGCCUUCCUUUGUUAUCAAGACUGUGUCGGUCCAUACAAUCAGCAUAAUCAUAUAAAUAUGUGUUGUACUGCCUUAAAACGCACCAUAUGUUCAUCAUCCCCAUCAGUUUCUUCAGGAAACUACUCAGGAGCAUCAGUUACAAAUUAUAAUGAAUCAGACUCACCAUCCUCUUCACUUCAUCAUCGUAAUCAUCAUCAAAGAUCGAAUGUGUCUUCUACGACAACUCUUCAGUCUUCUCCUCAUCAAGUUAGCCUUCCUGAUAUUGCUCGUUGUCUUUCUGGCUUUGGUCGUUUAGUUGUUAGUACAACCUAUCCUGCAUUAUGUACUGCUCGUUUACCAAAUGAAAUGUUUACCCAUCUGUAUGCUAAAUGCACUAUUCAAGCAGUUGACUAUCAUGGUCGUCCUCAAUCAAAUAGCGGUACAGAUCCUAUUGAAGUUGCUUUUACAGAUCCACGAGGUCACUUAGUCCCAACUGAUAUAUUAGAUAUUGGAAAUGGUUGUUACGAGGUUAGCAUGAUUACCCCAUUUUCAGGCCUUCAUAAAUUAUCUGUAAAAAUUCUCAACAGACCAAUUCGCGGUUCACCUUUCAGUGUUCAUGUAAAACCGACCCAAAAACGUGUUUGGUCUUUGAAAGAAGGCUCCGACGGUCGAGGAUUGAUUCAACCGUUUGCUGUAGCUUUUGGACCUUAUCCUGUUCGUCCUUCUGAAGCCUCAUCAAAUACCCCACAAAAUAAUUGUUCAAUAACUGGUUAUUUCAUUUACGUUUUGGAUACAGGCAAUAGCCGUCUGUUGGUACUAAAUCCCGCAGAUGGUUCACUUCAUAUCACGGUGACCGGUGAACCAUUAUCUGGUCAAGCUGCAACUGGCAUGGUAUGGUCGCCUCAGGGUUUAUGGAUUGUAAAUUGGCGGGCUAAGCAACUGUUCCUGUUAGACCCAUCUACUGAACAGGUACUUUCAUCCGUGUCAAGUCCUUUGUUCAAAGAGCCAACUAGUAUCGCCAGAUGUCCUUUAACUAAUCGUUUAUUCAUUGCUGAUAAUGGAGCUGGUUGCGUUUUUGUUUGUGACCCUGAAACCAGUUCGGUGAACGUGUUUAUUGGAACAAAUACUACAUCCAUUUAUGCAGAUAGUGAUGCAAGCACUCCAACUAGACACAGUACUUUAGUUCGAACUGAAGCUAGUUCUCAUUUACCUCAACCUAAAGUUUGCAAAUUGAUCACAGGAUUGUGUGUAGCUGACUCUGGAGAAUUGAUUUUGUCUACAGGAACGUGUAUUCGAAUAUUUUCAUCAGAUGGGCAUUUCCUCUCUGAUCUGUUACCUCCAAAUCAACCAGGUGAUGAUCAUUUCCGUGUUCGUAUCUCAACAUUACCGUCAAGAGCUUCUCUGGAUACUUCUUAUUUUAAUGCUUUGAAUAACUCACAUGACAAUCCAAAUUCGGAAUAUAUAAAUGCUGGUCGUUUGAGUUUAUCUGAAAUCCUCCAUUCAAGUGGUCCUUCAAAGUCACGAAUUCCUCCAUCACGUGGUCAAUUCGGUGGUGUGUCAUUCGGUACUGUACCAACGGAGUCUGCUAAUAGUCAAAUCGAUAAACUAGGAAAAUGUAUCCUGGCAACCUAUUCAGAUAGACAACGUUCUGGUGUUGUCGUUUGGCCGGAAACAUUGUGGACUUCCAGUUGUCGACAAUCUGUUCAUGAAGUAGAUGACAAUAUGGUAUCUUCAAACAUAAUUACUAACAAUAAUAAUAAUGAUACUGUCUGUAAUACUACUACCGCUGACACUAAUACUACUACUAAUGUCCCUAGUAGUGGUAGUACUAAUCAUAACCGUUUCUCUGUAGUAGAUCCAAACUUUCAAACACAUACUUGUGCAAUUUUUUGUCCUUUAAAUAGAAGUAGAUACCUCUUUAAACCAUAUUUAAUUGAAGUAGAUCCCUCAUUUCGACGAUUGGCUGGUUUAGUUACUUUAUCAAAUUGUAGAGAUGUUAUUGUUGUUGAUCAAGGUGCUCAAAAUAUUUCCAGAAUUCACUAUGCAUGAAAUUGAUUUCAUUAUUCGAUUCUUCUGCAUUUUUUUUCUAUGAUGAAUUAAUUCGCACAAUAUGUGAUAAACAUUUUUUUUCUCUAAAAAAAUUUUUUUCGUUCAUUUUAUUCAUAUCAUCUAUAUGAAUAUAAACACAGCUGAUGUAUACUUUUUUAAAUACAUCUAUGAACUCUAUAAAAUGUCCGUUCAGUUGUAUUCCACUUUUUUAAUUGGAUAGUUAUAAUAAAUUCUUCGACAACGUCACCCAUUAUUACCACUAUUAUUAUCAUCAUCAUUAUUAUUAUUACUAUCACCAUGAUUACUAUUAUUACUCAUGGAUAUUUUAUGCAUAUUUUUUUAUGAGAAACGUUUAUUUUCUAAAAGAAUCAAUUCUAUUAUCACUGUAGUUUCCAUAGGUAUAUAUGUAUACAUACGGUUUUACGUAUAUGUAGUGUACGGUUACUUGUAGGAUAACAAUUAUUUCUCUAUUGUACUGUUUUUUUGUAUCUUACACAUGUCAAUAAUUGUAACUUAUUGUUUCACUAUACAACUGUAGUUUUCCAUCAACCUUAGAUUUUACUACUUUCUUCAAGUUUUAUGUAUAACUACGUUUAUCGUGUAAAUGUCGUUGGUUCUUUCUUGUUUCUGUCGUUGAAAUGUUUCUCUCUGUUCUUUUCUAUAAUAGAUAACAAUAAGCCAAGUAUCGUCAAGAAUUGUUGGCAAUGUCUUUCCAUCACCUUCAUUAUACCAAUAAUGUUUUCCUUCCCGUGUUUUUCCCCUUUCGAAAGUUUUCUUUAAAUUUAUCUACAUUAUACAAUUCGUCAUUUUCAUCAUAGUUGUGUUCCCUUUUAUGUGUGUAGUACUCCAAGUUAUUCAUUUUUAGUCGAUAACAGUGAUAAAUCGUUUGUAAUUAGUUCAUCCAAACUUACUUAUUUCUAACCUAGUAUGACUUCGUUUUUCAUUCACUACCUGACGCGCAUAUAUAUAUAUAUAUAUAUAUAUAUAUAUAUAUAUAUAUAUAUUGCUGGUAUAACCUAAAUAAGUAUGGGUAUGAAGACCAUUUAACCUUGCGUCACAUUUUUAUGUGCGUAUUGGGUAAUACAAAUGAAGCAAUCUUUUCAUUCGCAUUCAUCUAUUGUCGACUCUUCUUUCAUGAUUGUUGUUGUUUUCUUUGUUGAGAUUUUAAUUUUUGUCAACUGGUAUUUUAUUGUCGUUGAAACUUACCUAUGUCAUGUUGUAUUGUUUAUAUUGUGUACUUGUAUUUCCUUUUUUUUUCUAUCCAACUUCACUAUAUUAUUUAAGUGUAGAAACACAAAUAAUAGUUGUUAGAAUUGUUAUUGUUACUAUUAUUAUCGUCAUAUUCGCAGGAUUAUAUUCUCCAUUAUUAUUACUCUUAUCAGUAUCUUCAUUAUUUAUACAACUAUUAUUAUUACUCUUACUACUAUGACCAUAAAGAUAGAACUCAUUUUAAAUGUU